CAAAACGAGGCAGGAUCAUUCUACUUCCGGGGUGUGAUUGGGUCGGUGCCGAAGACUUCAGUUUCCUGGAAUUAUUAGCAGCUAUGUCAAAAAAUACUGGUGCUAGCAAGUUUAGGAAGGUAGAUGUCGAUCAGUAUGACGACGAUCGCUUCAAAGACGAAGAUAAUGAUGUUGCCGAACAAGGACCGAACGAGGGGGAAGUGACUACACUCCUUACUCAAGGAAAAAAUGCAGAUGCCCUAAAAUUAGUGUUGAGUAGUGCUCCAGUCACAACAAAGAACCAAAAUGUAAAGGAGCGAGCCAGUCAGAUUGUGGUCCGGGUGCUGACAUCCUUCAAGUCCAGUGAGGUAGAAAAAGCUGUGAAGUCACUAGAUACAAGGUCAAUAGAUGUAUUGAUGAAAUAUAUCUACCGUGGAUUCGAGAAUCCUUCUGAAGGCAGCAGUGCAGUACUCCUUACCUGGCAUGAAAAGACAUUUGCCGUUGGAGGUUUGGGAAGUAUAGUCCGAGUAAUGACUGACCGAAGAAAGUCUGAAGGAGGUGUCAUCUGUCUGUGUCUGAUCACUUGUCUGACUAUUUGUUAAGAUAUUGUGUAUACAUCUGCAUGUACAGUACACACUACACACCUAAAGGAUUCUGCCUGUAUAACCUUUGAGAUAUUCUGAAAUAUUAACAACAUAAUAUUUUUAAGAGUGGUCUGUUUUGUUAUCUUAACUUAUGAAAAAUGUUUAUAACUUGAAUAAUGUAAGCGAGCUUACAAAGAGUGUAAAGUUAUUUCUUGGGAAUAAAACAUUACAAAAUGCUGCUAUUCUGCACGUUUCCAAAAUUUUCUCAUUAUGUUACAUACUGACUGUUUGACAAGGAGAAGGCAGGACACAGUUUCAAAAAUAGGUUAUUGUAACAAUUUUUCAUUUAGGAACAAAGCACAUAUCAAGGUUUUCGUCUGUUUCCAAAAUAAAGUAAAUGCGGUCAAAAAAUACUCAAGUAGUGAAACUGCCUUACAGAAUUCUUUUUCUUUCAAAGUUUGAGCUAUAUUGCUUUCAAAAAUGUGAUAGCAUAAAGGUAAUAUUUUAAUAAGCACCAUCAUUUUGCCCAUAAAUACUUGUAGCAAGUUUGCUGGUAAAGGUAAAUAAUUUUCCAAAUCUGUUUUUGACAUUUGAUUUUUUGCAUUUAAUAGGUCGGAGAAGCAGACAUUUCCUUUAGCUUUCACAUUAUGUUUACCUUCAAUAAACUGUGAGUCUACAGUUUGCUUUCAACCAUGUAUUCCAAGCUAAUGAACAAAUAUAAAGAUAGUUAGAAAAUGUUAGCAUUGUUUACAUUGUUUCUCACCUGUGUAAGGUGAGAUCAUACACACAAAUAUAUUUCACUAUUAAUGCUUAUGAUUAUCAUGUUCAAUUUGUUAUAUAACAUGGGUUUUUAAGACCAAAUAAAUAUGUAAAGUGAAAUGAAAUUUGAUAUGUUAUUGUUAUAUUUUUCCAAAGUGAUCAAAUUUCAGUGUGAAAAACAAUGUAUGCAGACAACGUUCAAGUGGGAAGGAGUAUACAUAGCCAAGUUGUCAGUCAAUGAAACAACCAAAGCAAGUCAUUUCUUCUUUCAUUCACCUGGAAAAACAGCUGAGCACAGCUUUCAACAUAUCAAAUUUCUAUUUUGUACAGUGUUAAUGUUCUGUCGAGAUAAGUUUAUGUUUACUUUACAAAUGAUAUUGAAGUACAGCAACUGAAAUUGAUAAAAUUUGUGUCAUAUUUUCAAAGUGCUACGUUGAAUUUGAAACUUCAUGACUGAACUAUAGACUUUUUCCUUUCUUUUCUCCACGAGAAUUCUUUCAUAAACCGAUUUCAUGACAUAAUUGUUAAAAAAACUCAGCCAAGUACUACAAGUGGCAUGUUGUAGUCAUUGCCUGGCUUGUGUACUUUGAAGAUGUUACUGUAUUGAUCACAUAAUUCAUGUACUAUGAGGGGCACUGGGGUAGCCUAAUCGUUAAAGCGUUGGCUCUUCAUGCCGAAGACCCGGGUUCGAAUCCCCACAUGGGUACAAUGUGUGAAGCCCAGUUCUGGUGUCCCCCGCCGUGAUGUUGCUGGAAUAUUGCUAAAAGCGGCGUAAAACCAAACUCAGUCAGUCAUGUACUAUGAAGGUUGCACAAUAUACACCACAUGACUCGUGACCAUCCUUAAGUAAGAUCCGCUCGAGUUUAGUUUCGUCAGCUAAAUAUCUUCCUGCAUUGUUCAUUGUCCAUACUUUACAGCUUUUCACUACGUUCCUACAUUACUGGGUACAUGUAUAUGAAACUUUGAGGACAAUGGAAAAUGUAGAAUACUGUAAAUCUAGAGACAACUAAUCCAUUCUGUGAAGUACAAAGAGUGUAUUCAGACAGACUUGUCACAGCUAUAACUACAGCCCCCAUCUUCAUCAUGUGCUGUCCAGUAUAUCACUGAAUAUGAUUUUAUAUUCAUCUUUUCCAUAUAUCUGAAUAAAAAGAUAUGUAUUAAUAGUAA